GAAGGCAACUCCACGUCACCACGUCUCACUGUUACCAUGGAGACGUCACAACGCUGCAGAGCAACUAGUGAAGUGAAUUAUGAACUGGACUGAACCUGGAACAACUUUACAAACAACAGAGGAGGAGGAAGAGGAGGAGGAGGAGGAGGAAGGCAGAGAGCUGGAGGACACAGUCAGAAACUCUCUGGUGUCAGCUCCUUGUCAGCAUCUUCUGGGUUUGAACAUGGCCGACAACACGUGUACUGAGUCUCACAUAAUCAACUCAGCUGCUCAGACUCGUCUCUUGAACUUCGCCAACAACUUCCAGCGUCAGUUUUCUCACAUGUGUCCCGACCGCAGACCUCUGCUGCUCUGCCCCGUCAACGAGUGUGGCGUUCAGAAGUUUGUGUCGACGACUCUUCGGGCCACAGCCACAGAACACCCGGAGCACCACACCUGGGAGGGCUGCGCCGAGUUUGUGGCGAACUUCCUGUCUCUGAAGCCUCUGGCUUCACCCGUCGACCUGCCCUGCCACCUGUUCUCUCCGGCCUUAGUGCUAAAGACUCAGGAAGCCACGUGUUUUGAAUACGCCACUCUGCUCUGCAGCAUGUUGCUCGGCGUCAACUACGACGCCUACUGCGUCAGCGGCUACGCAACCAAAGAGAUGUGUCUGCUCGACCAGAGGCUGCAGGACUGCCCCCUGCUGGACACUCCGGUUCAGAGUGUGAUCUCAGAGGAGUCACAGCAGAAGAAAUACACAGCGAAACCUCAGAGGGUGCUAAAGAGUCGCUUUCUGACACAAGAAGAGCAGAAGAAGAAUCUGGGCGCUGAAGCUGCCUUGCUUCAAAAACAAAAACUUGAUGAGCAGAGCGAGCGGCGCCCCGUCGACCCUCUCCAGGGCCUGCGGCUGCACUGCUGGGUUCUGGUGCUGUCAGGAAGUCGCAGCGUCCAGGAGAACUUCUUCAUCGACCCCCUGACCGGCAUCAGCUACAGCACCGACACCAACGACUUCCUGGGCAUCGAGAGCGUGUGGAACAAUUUCAACUACUACGUCAACAUGCAGGACUGCAGGAGCGGCUGCAGGGAUAUGGUGUUUGACCUGGAGGACAUAAACAUGUGGGAGCCGCUCUUGUUCGGAGCAAUAAGCAGAAAACAGCUGAUUCUUGACGCCUUGAAUGAGACUGAAGAUGUGAAGAAGUGGGAGCUGGAGGAGGCAGAGGAGCUGGAGGAGGCAGAGGAGCCGGUUUUUGUGAUGCCGAGAUCCUGGGUCAGCGCCUUCAGCAUCACGAAAAAAGACCUGGAGACUUGCUGGCCGGGAGGACACAAGCUGACUCGCUACAGGAGAGCAGAGGUGGAGAGGUUUGGUCUGUACCUGAGGCCGAACGGGCUGAUCACACGACUGGUUUCAUACAAAGACUUGGACUGCACAGAGGUCGUCAUGGUGAAGGAGUGGUAUCAACACAGAACCGACCACCUGGAGGAGCGAGAGGUCAACAAGGUCGACAACAUGACGACAGACCGAUUCAAACAUGGACGACGUUUCCACCUCUUAUUUCACAGGUACGAGUCCCUGACCACAGAUGGCGUGCACGAGAUGAAGUUCAGCUUCGCACAUAAGGACGAUCUGGUGCACAGGCUGCUGUCGCUGGGGGAAAUGACAGAGACCUUUGAGCGCCGCCACGACUUCCUCUACUACAGACGAGUCGUGUUCUGCCGACACGUCCAGUUCUCAGCAGAACACGUGAACUCUGACCCGGCCACACGCCUGCUAGAGGUGGUGGAGCGGUUCCACAGGAACCGUUCCAAACCAGCCAAUGAGGACGUGGCAGAGCGCAUCUUCCUGUUGACGCAGCGACGGAUCAAGGUGACGUAUCACUUAGACGACGACAGCUUCAUCCCAUCGAGGAGGAGCUUCAUCAAACCACGAGAGGCGACGGAGCAGGAGAAGGCCGAGGUCUUCAGACUGGACAUGGUGUCCAGCUUCAUGACGGGGCUCUCUGAGAAGACUGUCGGGCUUCGGGCUCUGUACGAGAUGCUGGUUUCUCUGAUAAAGGAUGAAGAGAUGGUCGUUCAUCAAAUUGAAAAAUCUCUGAAGGAGGUGAGAGACAUCGUGUCGUGCAGAGAGGAGGAGGAGGGAAACGUUCAGCUCUUCGUCUCUCCCUGGACGACAGCAGGAGCCGCCAGUGCUCGAGCCAAGAGACAGGAAAUGGAGCUUCAGGCUGCGGAGGAGCAGAGGUGGCUGCAGGAGAAGGAGAAGGACAUCCUGGCUCCGCUCCUCAUGCGACACAACAUACACUCAGACACUCUGAGCGCUGUGGACGCCAAGCUGCUCCACCAGGAGUAUCUGUCUGAGCUCAAGCAGAGGCUGGUGGAGGAGGCCAACCUCAUCCAGGAGCGCUACCAGAAGGCGACGCAGGAGCUGCAGAGGAAACAACAGUGGUACCACCAGAACCAGCUCAACAUGACGGAACAACAGGAGGAAGAAUAUCAGACCUACUGCGCCGAGAAAACCCUGGACAUACGAGUCGCCCAGAGACGACUCAAAAUGCACCAGGAAGCAGCUCCUCUAAAGUGCCAAGCUGCCGACCAGAGACUGAGACAAGACCCUCGAUUGGCUCCUCACCUGCUCAGCUGAGCCAAUCAGCAGCCUCCUCUUCAGAAACCAAUCAGAUUAUUUUCUAAAAACCUUACAGGUGUUUCAGUCACAUGUUUUGUUUUCACCAUACUUGUAUGUGGUGCAGUGACAAAACAAUCUCCUUCACUGGGUUAUACAUGAGAUAUAACGUUAUUUAACCCUUAUGAGAAAGGGAAAUGUAACGAAGGUUAGACAUUUUACAGAUUAAACAUAAACGUUAAUAUUAACAUUUAUAAAUUUAUAAAGAACUUCCAUUUAUUUAAACGUUUGUAUUUUUC